UUCAAGCCAGCUCUACUGAGUUGUGUGUGCUUAAUAAAAGAGCCAUAUCAGAUGACUUUGAGGAUGAAUACAGAACUAUUCAAUCUGAAGAUGAAGAGGAUCCAGAUCAAAGGGAACAAUCUCAUGAUGAGGAUGAGGAAACUAGUGCCCCUCUUUGGAGAGCACUGGAUGCUACCACAGAUACUACAACUCAGGAUGAAGAGUUGCAGGUCACUUAGAAACAGGGUUUAUCACCCGGGGGUCAACAGGACAAGAAGAAGAAGCAACAGAUCUCUACCAGUAUCAAUACUCCUAAAAAGCUUUCAGACUUCAGGCCUAUAUCCCACAGUAAUUUUACUAAUAAAGUCAUUUCUAAGGUUUUAUGCCUCAGAUUAGCUCCCAUUCUUCCUCAGCUAAUCUCUGAAAAUCAGUCAGGAUUUGUCCAGGGAAGAAACAUCUCUGAAAAUGUCAUGUUGGCACAAGAAAUCAUUCACAGCAUCAAAAGACCUAAGAUUGGUGAUAAUGUUGUUAUCAAACUAGACAUGGUCAAAGCCUAUGACAGAGUGUCUUGGUCAUUCAUAUGCCUGGUUAUGAGAAGGAUGGGAUUUGGAGAAAUAUUUAUAGAUAUGGUUUGGAGGUUAAUGGCCAAUAAUUGGUAUUCAGUUAUUGUGAAUGGUGGUAGGCAUGGUUUUUUCGAUUCUACAAGAGGCCUCAAACAAGGAGAUCCAUUGUCCCCUGCCCUCUUUGUAAUAGGUGCUGAAGUUCUUUCAAGAAUGCUCAAUAAUUUGCAUCAACAUUACCUGUACAGAGGUUUUUACAUGGAGAAGAAGGGCCCCUUGAUUAAUCAUCUGAGCUUUGCUGAUGAUAUAAUCAGCUUCACUUCAACUUGUAAAUACUCUCUCAAGCUGAUCAUGAAGACACUCCAGAGGUAUGAAAAAAGUUUAGGUCAGCUUAUUAACAAGGAGAAGAGUCAGUGCAUGCUCCCCUUGAAUACCAAUCCUGAGAUUAUGUCAAGGAUCACUUCCAUCACUGAAUUCAAGCAUACUCAUGGUCCUAUUACCUAUUUAGGAUGUCCUCUAUAUAUUGGAAGACAAAGGAUCAUUUACUUUACUAGUAUGGUGUCUAAAGUGACCUCUAGAAUUAGAGGAUGGCAGACCAAAGUCCUCAACUACGGAGGGAGAGCUGCUCUUGUGAAGUAUGUGCUGCAGUCUCUCCCAAUUCAUCUUCUAUCUGCUAUCACCCCUACUGCCACUACCCUCAAACAAAUAAAGUCUCUUAUAGCAAACUUCUUUUGGGGAUGGGACAAAGAAAAGAGGAAAUACCAUUGGGCUUCAUGGGAGACCCUCAGCUAUCCAACAGAAGAAGGAGGUAUUGGUAUGAAAAAUCUUAAAGAUGUGUGCCAAGCAUUGCAGUAUAAACAAUGGUGGACCUUCAGGUAUAAGAAGACUUUAUGGGGGAGCUUCUUGAGGGCCAAGUACUGCCAAAGAGCUCAUCCAGUAAUCAAGAAAUGGGACACUGUCAAUCACUUAUGUGGAAGCACAUGAUGACAAAUAAAUCUGACAUUGAGCCUCAUAUACAGUGGCACAUUAAUUCAGGUUCUUGCAGCUUUUGGUGGGAUGAUUGGCUAGGAAUUGGCCCCCUAGCCUACCACAAUGACCAUCUACCUAGACUUAACAAUAUCACUAUCUCUAAGUUCUUGGUUAAUGGAGGCUGGAAUGAAGAGAAAGUGAGACAGGAUGCACCACAGCACCUUAUACAUAAGAUCCUCAAUUUUUCCUUCAAGUAUCAACCUGACCUCUCAGAUAUAGCCUGCUGGAAACUGACCUCAGAUGGCAAGUUCACUUGUGCUUCAGCUUGGAACCAGAUCAGGUAAAAAAGGAACAAAACCAUGACUGACAAUAAUAUAUGGCAUAGGAAUAUCCCUUUCAAGAUAUCCUUCCUUAUUUGGAGAACUCUCAGAAGCAAGCUGCCUACAAAUGAAAGUAUUGAACACUUUGGUCAUGCACCUGCUCAGUGUUCUUGCUUCUACAGGCCAGGGUGGGACACUAUAGAUCACAUAUUUAUCUCUGGACACAUUGCUAGACACAUAUGGAAGUAUUUUUCUGACUGCUGGGAUAUACAACACAGCAGUAGCCCCAUGAGAAGUAAGUUGAUGAAAUGGUGGCUGUCUAAACCAAAUAAUGAGGUACAUAAACUCUUAUUGCAAGCUACUCCUAUAUUUAUUUGUUGGAACCUAUGGAAGAAUAGAUGUGCUAGCAAAUAUGGAGGCAAAAAGUCAAGCAGUAUUAGAGAUUUUCAGUCAUCAAAGACCUCUAUAUGCUGAUUUUCACAGCUUUCCCUUACAUUAGCUGGCCAAAUGACUGGAAGGGGCUAAUAGCUAUGGUGGAGAGAUGCAACCAUGAACUGAAAAUCAUCCAAGUUAGUUGGCACAAACCUGCUUACAACUUGGUUAAGCUUAACACUGAUGGAAGUGCUUUGGAGAAUCCUGGAAGAAUUGGAGCUGGGGGCAUCCUAAGAGAUCACAAAGGAAAGCUCAUUUAUGCCUUUGCUGCACCACUUGGAUUUGGAUCUAAUAACCAAGCUGAGGUGCAGGCUGCUCUGAUGGGCAUCACUUGGUGCAUUCAGCAUGGCUACAGCAGUGUUCUCUUGGAGGUUGAUUCGGAAUUACUUGUGAAAUGGCUAAAACAAGAGAUCACACCACCUUGGACCAUCAGAAACUACAUCAUAGACCUGCAGGAGCUGGUUAUAAUGUUGGAUUACUUUCAAUGUAGCCACAUCUAUAGAGAAGCUAACUUUGCUGCAGAUACUCUUUCCAAGCACAGCCACAGUGUAGACAGCAUGUUCUAAGUCUACAAUGUUCAACAACUUCCAAAGGAAACAAGAGGAUACUACAUAUUAGACAAAAUGGGGAUGGCAAGUUUUAGAAGGACAAAAUUGAAGAGGAUCAAACAACCUCCAUGACUUGUAUACCUUAUCUGUAAUUGUAGUAUAGAACUCUUUAUGUAUAAUUUCAUAGUUAGAAUUUUUGUAAAGGGGAGAGUCUCCCUUGUUUAUUGCUUUCCUAGAAUAAUCAACUUACCAGUAGAGGUAAGGACUAGAGUAGUUGUUUCUUCUUUGGUUUUGCUGUGCAGGUACAUGACUGAUCUGCAGCACUUGAGCCAACACUUGGAAAUGCAUUGUUUGUUUCUUUGAGCAGGCACACUAAAGUGUUGCAGCACUUGGUUAUGGAGCUCCAACAUGGUUCCAGUACCUGUAGAGUCCAAGAAUCUGAAGGUUGAUACCAAUAAAGAUGCAACACCCAACAACAACAUCUUCAACAUCCAAUAAUCUGUAACUAGUAGAACUGCAGCUGUACACUCCAGGCCUGCAACAUCUCAACCAACAUUUGGAAUUUUCCUUUCCUUUUCUUAUGUUGUGCAGGCUACUUCAAGAAGACCAGUGGAUCCAACAGGAGCAGCACACAACAACAACAAGAGUUGCAGCAGUUACACUACAGCUGCAGCAGUCACCAGGAGCAACACACAACACCAACAUCCAACAACAACAGCACUCGACAUGUUCAUGGAGUUGCAGAUUGCAGCCUUAAUCAGCCUAACAUGGGGGAUUUCUUGUAGGUACAUGGCAGAGCUGCAGUUCUUGUAUACUGCAGGUCUGCAACAACCAACAAUUAGUCCAUUAACCACUACAAACAUCUACAACAACAUACAGAAUUGCAGUAAUAUCAGUGCAGGCUACAACACUACAAUCACACUGCAGACCAUCAGCAUUUGUUGCAUCUCUUGUUUUUUUGCUCUCUUGGUUUGCUUAUUUUGUGCAGGUACACUAAAGAGAUGCAUCAUUUGCCUGAGCUGCAACAUCAUCCUGUACCUGCAGGGCCAAGCAACAAUCCUACAACAACAGCAACCUGUAAAAACCAGGGACUACACCUUGGUUCAUCAAGAGAUGCUGACCUGCAGAGAAACACCUACAAAUAUUUCAACCUCCAACACUGGAUAAGAGACAGGUUUAAGAGAUCAUCAACAGGCGCACCAUUGAAGAUCUGUUCACACUCAGCUUAUUGUCUUCCGCUAAUUGAGUAAAUGAACGGAUGUGUGAUCAAGCCAAGUAGUUCGCUUGGGAGCCAGUAAUGGUUUCUGAGUGUCGGCCACGUCUAGGAUACUCUCCCGGGGUGUGACAGAAGUCUUCAAUUUUUAGCUAGAUAAUCCUCAUUCCAGGUAUGUAAGGCUAUCACAAUGUUGUACUAAGUUCGUCCUUGUGCCCUACAUGUUCAUAAAGUCAAUUAAGUUAUGAGUUAGAGUUUCUAAUUCCAUAAAAGUGAAUUCUUAAUGUAUUUAUUUACUUCUUUAUUGAGUUCCAGUAUGAAUAUUAUAUUAUACUUGAUGAGUUGAUGUUUGAGGUUAUGGAUUCGUAGUUGCAUUCACAUGAACCCAAAUUGAGGUUUGCAUUAAAUAUCUUAUGCACUAUUGUUGUUAAAAGAUGGACUAUUAUAAUUGAAUAAAUGAGCAUGAUGUUGAGCUAUGAAGGAGUUUAUCAAUGUCUAUUUUCUCACAUGAGUUUUUACAUAUCCUAAAUGUCAUAUUUAAAUAGGUACAAGGAACUUAAAUUGAUGUAAAUUGAUGUAAAAAGUCCAAUGAGACUUAGAUGAGAUGUAAAUUGAGUUUUUUGCUCACUUGAUGUAUAUGAGCUUAAUAAUGUUUUGGAAGUAAUAUUGAGCACCGACUUGGAAAAGAGUAUAACUAACUUAAUCCCCAUAAACUACGUAGCCAACGUAGGAUAGGAUCGUUCCGUUCUUUCGGUUGACUCCUUAUUGUCCUAAAAGAGGACUUUUUAUAUGGAUCCAAAGUUGAUGUGACAUCCUUUACCCUAGCAAAGUAUUGGAUGGAUGUGGAAACAAUAUCGCUUCAUUGUAUCAUUACUAGCUCAUAAUUGAUGGUUGUCACUUGGAGAAAUUCCCCUAAUGAAUAAAAGUACUAUAUUUUAUUUUACUGAGUUGCGUCUAUCAUUGCAUGCCUUUAAACAUUGUUUUACUACAUUGCAUUUUCUAUUGAGUUGAGUCAUUUUUAGAGAUGAGUUCCUUAAAUUAAGUAUCUUGGUGUAAGUUUUCUUUUUCCAUUUUACAUGCUUGUACAUUCCAUGUACUGACGUUGUUCAACCUGCAUCAUUUCAUGAUGCAGAUACAUGUGUGUUAGAGAUCAUCAGCAGGCGCACCAUUGAAUAUCUAUCUAUCCGAGCUUUUGGCUUUGCGCAUGGAAGUUCUGCACUGUUGCAACUACUUCUUUACUGACCACAUCCCAACAGGCUAUGAAGAGCGCCAUGGUGUAACCGUCAGGGCCAGAUCACUGAGCAGUCAGCAGCAGUGUUUGAGGCCCCUGAAUUGUUAUAUAGAAACAUGCCUGCUGUCAUCACCACCGCUGUUGGUCAAAUGGCAGUUUCUAAGGGAAGACAAGGGAGGGAAGCACAGAACUUGGUUAAGGUGUACCUGGCAAACAUUCGCCUUAAGGAAGUUGGGACGGAUGUUCUGAUAACUGCAUAUGAGCCUCUAGUAAUUAACCGUUUGAGUUAGAGUGCUACCGUAGUCGGGGCAGGCAUGGUUGUACCUGUUGCACAGUCUGGAGUUAUGCCGAUGGCUGAAGUUUUUAAACUUGCAGUCUCUAGUUUCAAAGUGCACAACUGGAGUCUCUUUGGCUCCCCUGCUGCUUGAGUUGCAGUUACACACAUCUGGCAUCACUUGGUUGAUUAUUGGUCCAAUUUUGAAGUUUCCGAUUAUUUUAUUUUUUCCGUAUCGAUUAGUUGCUUAGAUGGUUUCCUGUUUUAGUAGACUGAGGGAGAUAGAAAGUGCAGUAUUUCUACUUUUCAACUUUUGUUUUGGGUUUUGACUCUUUGCUUUCCUUUGUUAAGUUAAUGAGUAAAGUAUACACUUCACUACAAAGGCUUGAAGCUAUUAAGUACAAUGUUGAUCAA